AUGGGCAAAAAGAGACGUGGUCCCUCCCUGGAAGAGCUCUUGGCUCGACCAUGGUGCUACUAUUGCGAACGCGACUUUGAUGACUUGAAGAUUCUGACCCUGCACCAAAAAGCUAAGCAUUUCAAAUGUGAGCGAUGUGGUCGCCGAUUGAAUACUGCUGGAGGAUUGUCAGUGCACAUGAGCCAGGUUCACAAAGAACAGCUUACAGAAAUCGAAAAUGCACUGCCUAACCGAGUAGGUCUCGAUGUGGAGAUUUUUGGCAUGGAAGGAAUUCCCGAUGAUGUUCUCCAAGCGCACCACCAGCGCGUGGCUACUCAGUUCCAGCAGGCUGAAGCCGAUCGCCAAGCUGCCACGGGCAACCCCCCCUGCUGGCAGUGGCAUCUUAAGAAGCGAUUGGCAGAGCACCGUGCUAGACGCGCCGAAGGAACUGCUGGUGGUAGCAGUGGAGACGCAACACCGGUGGGUGCGGGCCAGACCCCAGUACCAACCCCGCCUGUGUCGACCACCCCGAGCGCAUAUGCGCAAUCACCCACUGUACCCUCGCCUGCACCUGUGCCUAUGCCCAUUCCUGCGCCCGUGCAGCAAUACUCUUAUCCUCAACCUUAUGGAGGCGCUCCGGCUGUUGCCCCGUACCAACAGCCUGUCAAUUUAGGAUAUCCACCAUUCUCACCAGCAGGCGCACAACCCGUACUACCUGGUGCUUCACCUUAUCCUCCCACCGGAUACUCACCGCAACCAUUCCCUGGCCAACCCGGUUAUGGAGCAUCUCCCUCGCCUUACCCCUCACAACAACCUACCCCUACCGAAUCCUCAAUUCCUCGACCGGGCAGCUUGCCACCACCACCCUCCGGUCUAUCUGGUCUACCGCAACGCCCAGCGUUUGCCGCGCCCCCAGUUAAUGCGCAGCAGAUGCAACAGAUGCACAUGGGCCACCCUGUUCCACAGAAAGUUGCAGUGCCUAGCUAUGGAAAUGGCAAUGCUAUUCAAGACACACCACAAGUCCCUCCACCAUCUGAUAAUAAUGUUUCUUCUGCGGCGACAGCAGCGGGGACUGAAAAGCCGGCUGACGGAACGGAGAAACCUAGCAAGAAGGACAAAUCCAAGCCGACGCGCAUGAUUUACUCGGACGAGACGACCAGCCCCGAAGAGAAGAUGGCUCAACUCCCUCGGUACGCAUUCUCCCGCGAUCAGUUCACCCAAGAGACAACGGUAGUGAGCGAGCUCGGUGCACCGGUGACGGGAACGAUCCGCGACCAGGACACGGUGAUCGACCCAGCGCAUUAG